AUGGUGACCAUUACAAACCUGUUAUUCAGUGCUGCCGUGCUCGCAGUCUCGGGCUUGGGUUCUGCCCUGCCUCCCAGGAUCGGCACGACCAACAUUGUUGGCAAUGGCAAUGCGAACAGCAACGCAAAGGGUCGGGUCUCGCUCAAGCAGGCUCGCAACCCCCACUAUCGCUACUUCAACGGCGCCCGGUCCAUCCAGCGGACGUACCUGAAAUACGGCGUCCCCGUGCCCGACUAUCUCGUCGAGGCCGCGAACCGCAUCGACGCGCUCAACAAUGCCGGAGAAGAGUCCAAGCGCGACACUGGCAGCGCCCCCGCGGUGCCCAUCGAUGAGGUCGACAUUGCCUACGUCACGCCCGUGACCAUCGGCACGCCGCCGCAGACGCUGAACCUGGACUUUGAUACUGGCUCAUCCGACCUAUGGGUCUUCUCUAGCCACAUGCCCAGCUCGCAGAUCCGGGGCCAGGAGAUCUACACCCCGACCAAGUCCAGCUCGGCCAAGCUGCUCGCCGGCCAGUCGUGGAGCAUCACGUACGGCGACGGCUCGGCGUCGCGCGGCAACGUCUACAGCGACAACUUCACUGUUGGCGGCCUGACGGUCGACUCGCAGGCUGUGCAGUGCGCCCAGCAGGUCUCGUCGAGCUUCACCAGCGAGCAGCACAUUGAUGGGCUGGUCGGGCUUGGGUUCAGCUCGCUCAAUACCGUCAACCCGCAGAGCCAGUUGACGUUUUUCGAUAAUGCAAAGCCCAAGCUGGACAGCCCGGUGUUUACCGCGGAUUUGAAAUACAAGAAGACUGGCACGUACGAUUUCGGCUUCAUCGACAAGGCCAAAUACACAGGAGAAAUCACCUACGUCCCCGUCGACACCAACCCGGGCUACUGGACCUUCACGUCCUCGGGCUACGGCGUCGGCUCCGGGAACUUUAGCGCCACCUCCAUCAAGGGCAUCGCCGACACGGGGACGACGCUGGUGUACCUGCCGACGGCCAUCGUGACGGCCUACUACCGGCAGGUGUCCGGGGCCAGCAACAGCCGGAGCUAUGGCGGCUACGUCUUCCCGUGCACGUCGACGCUUCCGUCGUUUACCUUUGGCAUCGGAUCGACCCGCUUCACCAUUCCGCCGUCCUACAUCAACUACACGCGCGUGUCGCCCACGUCGUCGACAUGCUUUGGCGGCCUGCAGAGCAGCAGCUCGCUCGGCAUCAACAUCUGGGGCGACGUCGCCCUCAAGGCCGCCUUUGUCGUGUUUAAUGGUGCGAACCCGCCCACCAUCGGCUGGGCGCAGAAGCCGCUCGAGACAUGACAAUUGUUCAAGGUAGUCUAGGUGGUGUGUCAGCAGCAGGUGGAGUAUGUCAGAUGGGUGUUCCAUUGUAACUGAGGGUCCAUAG